CUUAAAUCGAUUCAGGUUAUUUUUGAAGUCCGCUCGUUUUUUGUCUCAGCUGGCAGCAGGCUCACUUCCCGAACCAGUUCCUUCAGUCAUCUCUGCCACCCACUCUUUUCCCGUACACAAAGAAAGAAAAAAGACAAACGUUUCAAAACAAAAUCACCCAUCAGAAGGAAGGAGAGAAUAAAAGUACAAGGGUAAUUUUACUGAAGAAUUAGUGAGAGAAGAAAGAAGAAAAAGAAGCCUAGCUUGCUUCAAGAAGAAAUGGAAAUGGCGGGUUUCAUCAGACUUAUUUUUGCUUCUUCUCUGCUGGUGCUCCUUUUUGGUAAAUGCGGAGGAAGCAAUAUUGGAGUUUGCUAUGGAAGAAACGGGGACGAUCUCCCCACCCCGAAUGAAGCUGUGCAGCUAAUUCAGCAACAUAAUAUCAAAUACGUGAGGAUAUACGACUCGAACAUCCAGGUCAUCAAGGCCUUUGCCAAAACCGGAAUCGAGCUCAUGGUCGGCAUUCCGAAUUUGGACCUAUUGCCAUUUUCCCAAUUCCAAUCCAACACUGACACAUGGCUGAAGAACAGCAUUCUACCGUACUAUCCGGACACGAAGAUCACUCACAUAACUGUCGGUGCCGAAGUGACAGAAGCCCCGAGCAAUGUAACCGCCAUGGCCGUCCCUGCAAUGAAAAACGUAUUAGCCUCUCUACGGAAAGCGGGCCUUCACAAGAGGAUCAAGGUAUCCACCACACAUUCCUUGGGUGUUUUGUCUCGCUCUUUCCCGCCUUCUGCAGGGGCAUUCAGCAGUGCUUAUGCAUUUUUUCUGAAACCCUUGUUGGACUUCCUUGCGGAGAAUGACUCACCUUUCAUGGUUGACGUAUACCCUUACUACGCGUAUAGAGAUUCCUCGAAUAGUGUUUCCCUUGACUAUGCAUUGUUUGAGUCAUCAUCAGAAGUGAUUGAUCCAAACACUGGUUUGAUUUACACUAAUUUGCUUGAUGCUCAGCUUGAUGCUAUUAAUUUUGCUUUAACCACUCUAAAUUUCAGAACAAUUAAGGUUAUGGUGACAGAGACCGGGUGGCCUUCUAAAGGAUCGCCGAAGGAAACUUCGGCUACUCCAGAUAAUGCACAAACAUAUAACACGAACUUGAUUCGCCACGUUAUCAACAAUACUGGCACUCCUGCGAAACCAGGGGCAGAAAUUGAUGUGUACAUCUUUUCGCUGUUCAAUGAGAAUAGAAAACCUGGUUUGGAAUCUGAGAGAAACUGGGGAAUGUUUUUUGCGGAUAAAACGGGAGUGUAUAGCUUGGAUUUUACCGGGAGAGGCAUUGUGGAUGUUAGAACGGGUGCUAACUUAACGACUUCAAAUGGAACGUGGUGCAUUGCUUCGAUGAAUGCCUCUGAUGCUGACUUGAAGAAUGCUUUGGCUUGGGCUUGUGGUCCGGGCAACGUGGAUUGCUCUCCCAUACAGCCGAGUCAGCCUUGUUUUCUGCCCAAUACUUUUGUUUCUCAUGCCUCCUAUGUAUUCAACAGUUAUUACCAACAGAAUGGAGCUACUGACACAGCUUGCAGCUUUGGAGGAGUUGGUGUUCGAACUAACCAGAACCCAAGCUAUGACAACUGUCUGUACAUGACCACUGGGAGCAAAGCUGCUUCUGGUCCUACUACUAAUUCAACAGCAAGCCAUCCAAAAGCAUCAUCGUCAUCAUCUCUUCAAAGAGUUUCUAUUCAGAUUCCAAGUUAUCUGUUCACUUUCCUGCUCUUAUCUAGCACCUUUUAUUAAGAACUUCAUCUUGCAACCGCCAUUAAUUAGAAUGAGGAGACGGAUAUUUUGAUUGUACAAUAGUCAACUUCCCCGGGUCAUGGUUGGACAGGGAUUUGUCUGUAGAGAAUUUCGGCUCAUUUUUGUAUGAUAAACUGUAGGUAGGUUUGUGUGUAGGGGGAGAUGGAUCAUGGAUGGAACAGCUUCAUGCUGAGAUGUACCAAACUACCAACUAUACUUUAUUAUAUUUUCAAACUUUCAU